AGCGAACAAAAUCCAAGAUGGAGGCGAGAGCCAAGCACGACUUCAAAGCUACGGCUGAAGAUGAAUUAAGCUUUUCAAGAAACGUAACACUCAAGAUUACAGAUACCAAAAAGGAUGCCAACUGGUUCAAGGCAGAAAUCUGUGGAAAAGAAGGGUUUAUCCCAAACAACUACAUUGAAUGGAAAUCAGCACCAUGGUACUUGGGAGAUGUGAAAAGACUUCAGGCUGAACAAAUGUUGAUACAGAAAGAUGGGACUGGAGCAUACAUACACCCUGAUGGAGCUUUCCUUGUCAGAAAUAGUGAAAGUCAACAAGGAGAGUUUUCUUUAUCAGUGAAAACAGGAGGAGAUACUGUACAGCAUUUUAAAAUAUUACGAGAUGGACAAGGUAACUACUUUCUAUGGGUACAGAAAUUUUCAUCUAUCAACGCGCUUGUGGAACAUCAUAGAGAAAAGUCCAUCAGUCGCUCUCAGAAUAUGGUUUUAAAGGAUAUGAUUCCAACAGAUCGAGAUUUUCAGCUAAAGGAUGAAGUCCAGCUUCGAGCCCUUUAUGACUUUGAAGGACAAAAUGAUGACGAAAUUUCAUUCAAAAAAGGUGAUAUUAUCAUCAAGACAGGAGAAAAUUGUUCAAACUGGUGGCGUGGUAUACUGAGCGGGUCACCUUGUAACAAGGAUGGACUAUUUCCUGCAGCUUAUGUAUAUGUAAUGGACACAUUAUAGUGUCCAUUGCACGGACAACUAUCCUUACUUUCAAGUAUUGGAUUCUUUCCUGUAGUGCUGGAACACUGAGGAAUUCAAUCAGUUUAGGCUUCAUGGCCUAACAGACUGCACUAUUCCAUUAGUUGGUAUUUGGUUCAUAAAUGUCCUUGUGCUUGUACAGACACCAGUGAACCCAUAUUAUAUAGAAAAUGUGGUGUUUUUCAGUGCGAACAUGCUGCAUCUGUAAUUGAACCAGUGUUGUUCCCUUUGGCUUUGAAUGUGAUGGAGGGCUCAUUCAUGAGUCACUAGGCUGAGGGACACCUUUUUUAACAGACAUCAGUUUGUUACCAUCAACCAUAGUGGUAAUGUGUAAAGCUUUCAUAAGUGCUGUAACUUUAAUGUGCGGCACAUAAAUGUCUCGGUUUUAACCCAAGGAUCUGAUUUUUAUACAAUGUUUAUGUGUAGUGCAGUCAUGGUAGACUUUUGAUCAUUUAAAAUUGUAGUCAAAAUACAAUUUUUACUUUGUGAGUUUUGUGAGGACAUGAAUCAUUUGUAAUGUACAUGUAUUUAAACUGGUUUGGGACUGACAGGUUAACAUCUUAUUUGCACAAUUUCUGAAAACUGUACUUCACCUCUGUUUAUUAAAGUAUUAAAACUAAACUUUGCAAUGUAAGAUGAAGUUGAUCCCAAACCAUCAAAUAAAGUACUAGUGUAACUACAGGACCUUGACAUGUACAAUAUGUUUACCAGAGAUUUCUGUUUCAUUACUCAUAGUUCGAGUGUAUACACAAACCCAAUAUGAAUGCAUAACAUGAACCUUUCUCUGUAAACUUUAACAAAAUGGUAAAGAAAUUACAGGAUUAGAGUUUGUAGAAGAUAUAUAUAUAUGAAUCAAUUCAAAUUGAUAGAAAAAUGUGGGUAGAAUAUUAGAAUAUGUAUAUAUAGUGAAUUUAAUGAGAACAGGAAGAGCAUGGUGACAUACUGGCAAUAUGCAGGGUGUUGUCAAGUGGCCAUCAUGGUUUAUUGUGAUGGAACUGGAUCAGAGAAGUGAAGACUUUGUCUGAUUUCUUGGUGUAAUUGGAUACAUAAACUCGCUACACUGUUUUGCUUAAGUCUUCACUGAUGAAUGUGGUCCGGUUGGACAGAUUGAAUUAAGUUGCAGGAUUAACUUGUAACCAAACUGUAAGAUAUGUCAGUCCUGAACAGUCUUUUCUGUUUUACUAUUGAGCUACAAACCAGAAUUAAUACCCACAGUCAUUCAAAGCAUCUGCUUGAUUCGUUAUACACAGGCUAUCUCAUUAUCAUUGUACUACCGGUAUACUUUAUGGAUAGUUUCAACUCUCAGAUAUUAAAAUCUAAUAUUUCUACUUUUAUUGAUACAUGUAGUUUCAACAAUCAGAUCUUGAAAUCUAAUAUUUCUAUUUUAAAAUCAAGCAAGAAUGUUCUCUUUAUCCAAUUUUAAAUGUUUAUCUCUCCAGAAAGCAAAACAUACUUAUUUCUUAGACUAAAAUUAUGAUAUGUGGUUAAGAAUUCCUAUUAAAAUGUAAUAUAUAGGAGAAAGUAAUAGCAGUGACCAAUUUUAAAUGUCAGUCAUGUUUUAUGGUUACAUGCAUUUUAUUCUUAUAUUUUAAAACUUGUGUGUACCGAGUAUUCCUGUUGAUAUAGGUCAUGUAUGAUGAUAGCAGAUUAUUGAAUUACAUGCUUGAUAAAGCUUAAUAAAAAAAAAACUAUCAAUAUAUCUCCACAUAUAAAUUAUUAUAUAUAAGAUCAUGUGUAUUUUGAUUUCCAAGCAAAAAAAGUACUUUGUUCAUUAAUUGAAUUGUCUCAGAUUCAAAUGGAAUUACGAUAGAAUAAUGAUACUGUUCAAAAUAUUUUUUGUGGAGCUAGGUUGUUAUAAAGAAUUCUAACCUGUAUUUGUGUAUUUGAAAUAUUUUACUUAUACUUUGUUUGAUUUUUAAACACAGUUGAUUACAAUAUUGAAGGUUUCACUUUUUUACAUUUUUAUAUUGAUUGUUAUGUGCAUGUUAAUGCAUGUUGAUUGUAGACUGUACUAUCCACUGUGGAUGCAGCAUUCUCAUAUGCUAUUUUAUCUAUACGUGUUAAAUUGAAAUUUCAUAUGCAAAAGUAGUUGUCUGUCAGAUGAGUGUUUUAAGGUGUUAUAAACUAUGUAAAUAUGUAUGUCGGAUGUGUUAUGUAAUUAAUACUCUUUCACUAAUACUUUAAAUACAAAGGACAUUUUAAUACAGAUCAUCAUCUGUAGCAAAUCCCUUUAGUUAUAAUGUUUAAAUCUGAAUCAUCGUAUUGCUUUGAUUCAAUCACAUGCUCAAUCAGACUUUCAAUCCAAAUGGACAUUUCACCGUACAGUAUACAAUGCAUAUAUGUUCUCUGAAUAUCAUAUGCCCUUUUUCAUGAAUAAUGCCAUAGAUUCUUUAAUACGCUGGCUGCAUGGAACCAUGGGCCAUUAAUAAUUGGUCUUAACGAUCUGUAUGUCUUUGUAUUUUAAUACUGAAUUAGCUUUGUAAUGCACGCAGUUGUUUUGGACUGCCAAGAAAAUACUUUGCAACAGGUUGUAUUGUAAUAGAUUUUUUUAUAAAGAUUUUCUAAGAAAAUCACAUAUGAAUCACAUUUAUUCUUAUGCUAUGUGUGUUGUUGGUCAUGCUGGGAUAAAGGGCUACCUAGGAUUUAGGUCACCUGAGCCAAAUUCUCAUGGUGACCUUGGAUAUUCAAUCGCCUUUUGUCUGUCGUCAUGUGUCGUCAAUCAUCUGUUGCGCAUCAAGCGUUUUAACAUUUUCUUGUAACAUGUAAACUCAAUAACUUGGUAUGCAGCCUUGUAUCAUAAGACCUCAGGUGAGUUUGGCAAUUGGAAGAAUUAAAGUACAGUAUAUAACUAGCACAGUUAAUGCCCUUUGUAGUUUCAUUUCUAUUGGACCUUGUGAACACGAUAACUUGACUAGAUAUGUAUGGAUUUUUAGAAAACUUGGUAUGCACUUUUAUUACCAUUUGACCUUAUGUGCAUAACUUGAGUAAAACCGAAUGGGUUUUGAUGAAAUUUGGUACGUUGUGAGCUUUUAUAUCAAUACGAUCUUGAAAAAUGUCCACAUUGAGACAGAUUCUAUCUUCUAUAGAUAAGAUUCUAUCAAUAAAAACAGUACAAUCUUAGAAUGACUUGUCUUGUAGCAUAUUGGAAUAAAUGGCUACCAAGUUUGUUCACUUAUCAAGUUAAUUUGUCAAACAACAUGCUCAAAAAAUGAAGGUUUCUAUAGAUUUUUUCUUGUUAUAAUAGGUGAGCAAUUCUGAUCAUUUGGGACUCAUGUUAUACAUUGAUUCCUGUUUAUUUGUGUUGUGAAACUACAAUAAAAAUCAAUUAUCAGAAUAUGAAAUACAGACUUUAUUGAAUGUGUUUCAAAAUUUAAAGCACUUUUAAUGCUUUAAUGAUUGGAUUCUGUCCCUCCAAUAUUACAAUUAUAGAUGUCUUUAAGGUUGUGUGUAUUAAAGGUUUAUCAUCUUAAACCAGGUCUUACUAUUUUAUCAUGUAAUCAAUAUUUCAAGUAUACUUUGUGAAAUAUACCUCAAGAUCAUGCCUUGGUAAACCUAACAUUAUUUGUGCAUUAUGAAAAACUUGAAUAUCGAGACAACCAAUGAAAUAUACCGGUAUUCUGCUUUCAAGAAUUGCAAUACUUCUGGGGGUCUUAACAGACACCUGAAAGAGAUUAAAUGGUACAUGUGAUGUGAAAAAUAUGUUUAAAGCAAAAUGGGGAAAGAAUCCCUUACUGUUUGAUAAAGUGUAUACUUAUUUUUCAUGAAAGAGUGGUGUGAAUAAAAUACAUGACAUAAACAUGUAGGGUUUGUACGAAAUGACCCAUAUUAGGGUUGAAUGGAGGUAGUGAUAAUUUUGCUGGAUAUAAAUUAAAAUCCAUAUCAUCUCCCAUUGUUUCCAGGGGAGAUGUCAUUGUUAGAUGUGAGCUAACCUUUUCCAAUUUCUAUUUUUAAACUGGAUAUAUGAUAGAUGAUUGAUUGGUCCAGCCUUUACUAUGGACGAUGAAAGACAAUAUAUGUAAUGCAACCUACCCUAAAACACAUUUGUUAUUACUCACAAGAGACAUUGACAGUUGCUAUAAGUACAAUUCGCUAUAGAAUUUAAAUGCUCAUCUGAAAAAUCCUGGCCAGGGACAUGGUAUGAGUGUAAGCAACAACAUGUACUUUUGUGCUCAAGCAGAAGGGUUUUAUGCAUUCUUUAGAUGUAAUUUUACUUCAUACAGGAAUGGUUUCAGUAUGAUAUGUGUGGUGGAUUUAUAUUCACUCUGAUACGGGUAAGACCCUUGAAUUGAAAAUUAUUGUCCACUUGAUGAUAGAUGUAUCAUUUAUCCAGUUCUACCAAUUUGUCUCAACUAAUAAACAAGACAUUUUUUUGCAUUUAAAUAUUAGUGAAAGAAUGUGAUUUUGGUUGCCAUUAUAUCUUGUCAGUUUUAUAUGAGUUGGGUGUUCCAAUUGAUUCCAUUUUGUUCAUGUAUCUAUAGGCAAUACCAGAAACCGCUUGUAUCUGCAAAACAUUCUUAUACUGAAGUGUGUUAACUAUGCAUGUUAGCGUUGGGAUGGUGUUGUUAUGACGAGUAUCUAUUUUUGUAUAAAUGAUUGCAAUGUGACGAUUGUUGAAGCACUAGUCUGGUUUUUAACCAUCUUGUACAUAUUGUGUGCAACAUAAUGAUGUCUCCUGCCUUGUCUGUAUCCGCUCGGUAGGCUAUGCAUACAGUAACAGGCACAUGUGGUUUAGUGAUGAGAAAUAAAUUUAUUUUAUCCAUGUA